AGUUUAGCAAGGAAAAGGAGGGCGUAGAUGGGAGAGGCGUUGCCCUCUGGUUGCUCCACGAAGGGGAGUGUGCGGAGCAGGAGCAGCCGAGCGAGGUGGGAAGGAAGUGGCCCCAACCUGAUUGAUGACGAUCACGGAAAAAGAAGGCGGAUGCCGAGUGGGUUUGACGCGAGCGCUGAUCGAAGAUCCAAGUGUAAAUCAAGCGGCACCCGAGUAGGAAAUAGAUCAAGCAUGGAACGAGGCCGUGUGUUAAAGCCCCGUGCGUCUGCACUGUUGAAAUCGGACACUCGAACAUAGUUCUGCCGGGAGAAAAGGUGCCGAACAUUUUCGCGGUCUCAGGUCUCGCAGCUGUGCAGCCAUGGCAACAGACACAAGUGACAUCGCCAAGCAAGGCUACGUUCGAGUUCGCAGUCGUAACAUCGGCGUGUGGCAGCGGCGGUGGCUCGUGUUGCGAAAGGCAACCAGCACGACAGCAUGUCGUCUGGAGAAGUACCUCGAGGAAAAACACGCCCGCACCCACACUGGACAAAAGGUGGUGCUCCUGACACCAGCCACCAGCAUCACCCGUUUGCCAACUAGCGUUCGAAAGCAUGCCUUCUCCAUCUGCUUUCAGGAUGGAUCAGUCAAAUCAGUGGCUUGCGAUUCUGAUCUGGAAGCAGACACCUGGGUGAAGCUGAUGGUGCAGGAAUGCCUUGAGCCACAGUCUGGCCUUUCAGCUGGGGAGCCAGACAUAUUGAGCCCAGGGAUCCAGAAAGAGCUCCAAGAACAAUUUCAUGUCUAUUUGGUACCAAGCCCAAAACUGGAUGUCUUUGGCGAGUGCUUACUACAGGUCACUCAUGAACACAUAUACCUUUGGGAUCUGCUUAGCCCUCGAACUAAGCUGGCGGCAUGGCCCCUGACUGCUCUACGACGCUAUGGUAGUGACCCAGCAAAGUUCACCUUUGAGGCUGGCAGGCACUGUGCCACUGGAGAAGGCAUGUUUGUGUUCCACACUCUUGAGGGAGAGAAGAUCUAUUGCAAAGUUCACCAAGCAACCCUUGCCAUUGCUGAGGCGCAUCAUCGCUCCAGACGGCUGCAUGCAGUGCCUUCAGCUCCACCUCAGAGCCUGAUCCCAUCCACUGGCCCAACAUCGUCUGUACCCUAUCGUAACUCUACGAGCCCCCUGCAGCAAUUCAGCUCUUCUGAGAACCUCCCAGGUAGUCAAGAGCGGACCAACCAUUCACUAAUGCCCCUGCGGGAUGUGCCUACUACCUCGCAGUCCUUUGACAACAUCUUAAAUCCCCCACGAGUUUCCAGUACUGUUGGUGGGACUUCGCGUUGCAGUCUACGAUCCCAUCUUCUUCAGUUUCAAGCGCGCUGAUGAUCAACACAAGUGAGGGAGACUGUGUAUGUGUGGAUGACCUGCUGAACAGGUGAAGUUAUGGGCAUGUGGAUUGUGUUUCUUUUUUAGCACGCAGUAGUCAACUGCUGCUGCUGCUGUAGCAGCUCUGGACCUGUCCUCCUUGGAAUCGUUGUAAAACACCAUUUUUGCAACUCUCCAUACAUGUGUAAAUCUGUGGCCUCACUUGUACUGAUUUGUGUGCGCACUAAAGUGGACUCAAACUGGAUGAAGUUUUGUGGCUGUUAUUACCCAAUGACUUGGCACUUUUUUUCUGUUACCUUCGGAGCUUUGUACAUCGCUGUUCCAUCUGGUCUAUUAGACCUAACUUGUGCUUGGCAGGUACCUCAGGUGCCCUAAGCUGUGUACACUAAAAUGGGUAUGUUUGAGAAACCGUGUUGCCCUCCUUUGUUCACAUCUUUACAUAUUGUAGAUCUGGGCUGGUUGGGACAUGUUUCAAUCAUUGUUCAGCUUUAAGGUCAUCAUACUUGUGUGUUGGAAAUAAGAGUGGACAUUAUAAAUGUGUGUGUGUGUGAAUCAACACUUUACUUCUUUACAUCAUUUAUUGUACUUGUACACUGCCAACAAAAAGUUGCCUGAAAUUAGUGUUUUUAUUAUUUAUGGCACAUUUCUGCACAGCCAUUGGUUGCUUUUGUGAAUACUAGACUGUUUUCUUCCAGUGUUUUUUCUGAACAUGCAAAGUGACUUGUUGAACAUGAAAUUGUUGAGUGAAUGUACCGAACAUGGGAUUUGGUUAAUUGGUGUGCUAUAUUGCAUUUUUUAUUCGCUUUGAUAUUUAUGCAUUUUAACUAUCACAAACAUAAAUGGAUACUUCAGUCAUAUUCAUAAGGUAGCUCUGCAGCCCAAACUCUAGAAUUUUGUGGUGUAGUUAGGACAGAUUGCUGUAAACAUAAUGUCUACAUGGGCAAACGGUAUUCCAGAUUGUGUUAUUUGCAUUGCCUUGUGUCUUAAUUGUGUGUUUGUAUUCAUGUCUGUUCUGCACGGGCUCCUUAGUGGCACAGCCGUGGCUGGGCUUUACUUAGUUUGUAUUGAUCAGGAUUGUAUGUAAACAGCACUGCAACAGAGCCGUAGUGCAUAUGUUCUUUUUGCGACUAUUGUAUUGAUUGAAACAAUACUUAUUGAAGUAACUACUUCACAUGAAGAUGGGAAAAUUAAAAGGUGGUACCUGAUUAUUAUUGUUUUUGUGUCAAGCAAUAGCUAUUUCCACAGCAGUUUUCUAUGGUGUAACUGCACUCAUGUUAUUGAUGAAGGGUCUUUUUCUGCCUGAACUUGAUUUUUCUUUUGCUAAAAUUUGUGCCUUUGCUAAACUCAUUGUAUUAUGUUUGCAUUUGCAUUGUUCUUAGAUGCUAGGAGUAAGGUGCCCUCAAAUAAACUUUAUGCAGGGUAUAGUGCCUAUAAUGAGCACCUAAUUUCAGCUAUUGGGUGCAAAGACACAAAUAAGAGCAGUGCCUGAUAUAGUUUGAGGGGAGGGGGCAUUGAGUAAAGGUGACCAAUAUUGAAGCUGGAGGGUUAUACCACAGUAUAAGUUCAAUUAAUUUAUUAAUAUUAGUUAAUUAGGCUUUCAGUGAUUACAAUUUAAUACUUGUCUGUUUUGACAUUCUCUUGCUUUCUGCACAUAACAUAAAUGGGAAAGGCUAGCUUUAGAAGUUAUAUAGAAAAAUUUACCAGUUCAUUAUUAAACAUGGGAGCUUUGCUGAUGGAAAAUUUGUGUGCCUAACUUUGUGCCACAGUAGUGGAUUUGAUUUGUUGCAUGCAAGUAACAGCCUAGGAACAGCUAGGGUAAGUGCACGGCAGUGGAUUGGACAGUAGUGUGUCAUGUGGGAUGAUGUUCCCUCAUCAUUACUUGGGGCGAGCAAUUGCGUGAUAGUGCUUGUGUUGCCCUGAUGUUGAGCAUGUGGUUUUUGUGACAACCUUUGUCAAAAGUAUACAGGCCUCCGCAAGAGUGAUCAGAGCUAUUGCUGGGCUAUGUGGUGCUGGUGCUGCGACAGUCCUGGCGUUGCGUAACUCUGAAAGGCAAGAGAGUUCUUGGUCUUCUUUGCAUUUGUGCUGGGUAUGCAUUAGGUGCCCACUGCUCAUCCUGCAUUCUGCUCAAGUCACAUGCAGUCCAGACUAUAUACUUUUGACAAAGGGCAUACAAUUUGUGCACGUGUGUGCAUGUUUGUUAAAAUAAGCAGUACAGAAGAUGCCGGUGCAUGCGUGCUGCCUCAGUGGCCACUGCAAAACCCUGUGUUCAACAGCAUUUUUGCUCGUAACUUUUUAUGCUCGAAGCGUUUGAAUUUUUGUGAGCAGUGUCACAAGCAUGCCUAGGAUGCAGAAUGCUGAAAGUAAUUGAGCUUAUAUUCUGCUUUCUGUGUAAGGCAAAUAGGUGAGCUAGUUGGCACAUGUUCAUUCUGGUGUGACCAGCUAUACAUACAAUAGACAAGAGAUUGUGUCCCUCCUCUUGCUUGUUUGUUGUCUGUCCAGCUGACCACAGCAUGAUAAUUUUCUUGUGCAUCGGUGUUGUAUAGUCUGCUAAAAUUUUCUGUUUUUAUUCCUGCUUUACCAUUUUGUGGCAGUUUUGUAAUAAUAUAGAUGCUGACUACAUCAAGAAAACUAGAUGGCUAAAAGAUUUAAAAAACAAAAAGCAUUUCAGCUCCUGUGCAUGAUCUGAAAUGUCCAAUUUCUAUUUAAUUCUUUUAACAGUCUGGUUUUCUGAAUGUUCUCCACCUAUGUUCAUACACAACUGUACCAUAAUCAUUCCCUACCAGAAGAGCUUUCAUCAAACCCUAGACUUUUAUUGUUUCAUGAGUGUGCUUUUAUUAUUCUUUAAGAAAUGUCAUUAAACUUAAAGAGAACUUUCAGCAUAGCAUAGUUUCAUACUACGAUUACCAAAGGGAAGUCUUGCGCUGCAAUUGUCUAGUGACCAUGUGAAUCCUGAUUAUAGUUGAUUUUUCUAUUUGGCACGGAUUCAUUAAGAAAGCAUGUUGCUGCUUUUUUUUGCUAUUUGAAGUUUGGAAGAAACAAUGUUUCUUCCAAGCAGUUAAAUGUUCUACAUUCUCGUUUAAGUAAUUUCCAGUACAUCAAUAAAUUAAUACUUUCCAGGAUGUGCAUCCCUAAAUGUCACUAAAUCAAUGGUGUUGGUAACGCUAACCAUAUGUAAUGACCUUUUUUUUUUAUUCUAGACAAUUAUCUUUGUUUGUAAUGAUAUGGAAACUGUCAAACGGCUAAAAUUAGGUCAUGAAUGGAACUCAUGCCGUACGAAAAACUUACGACAAAGUUAAGUAAAUUUAUGUACUCGCCAUCAUUACCAUGCUCUCGCUGAGCAGCCAUAUUUUUGAGUCAUACACUAGUGCCAGAUUUUCCUCUAGUAUUCUUAGUGUAAAACUAUGCUGCAGAUGUUUGACUACUUUUGAACACAUCUCUCAGAUGGUCAUUGUACUGUUAGUGUGAUCAGUCAAAAGGCAUACUAUUUUUAGCACCAUUGUUUGUUGUAAUUUCAGUAUGUUGAUUCUGGGUAUCCCUUUUAUUCCACUGUCCCUCCCAACCUCUGUCGUACUCUGGACAGAGUUUCAUAUGCCAGUGGCUUUUAAUAGUGAGUGCUUUAUUCCAGUUGUUUGACCCCUUUGUGCCAUGGACGAGCUGGGUUUGUCCAUGCGUUUCUGGUAUAAAUGGCCGAGGACAAGAUGAGCCCAUUUGCAGUACUUUUCAUUUUCUAGCAAUGGCAGAGACCAGCUGGUUUUGUCUCGGUGCUUUGCUGAGCACGAGGUCGCGGGAUCGAAUCCCGGCCACAGCGGCCGCAUUUCGAUGGGGGCAAAAUGCGAAAACACCCGUAUACUUAGAUUUAGGUGCACGUUAAAGAACCCCAGGUGGUCCAUAUUUCCGGAAUCCCAUACUACGGUGUGCCUCAUAAUCAGGUCGUGGUUUUGACACGUAAAACUUUUUUUUUUUUUUUUUUGUCUCCGUGCUUUGUUGUGCUUCUGGUAGGUGGCAGCACAUAAUCUGUGGGGCAGUGCAAGAAGGAGCAAGUUUACUCUGGUGGAGGAAAUAAAACAUGUUGACAACUGGGGUCCUUAAAAAUAAUUCGGCCAUUCUUUUUUUUAAUUCAGGCUAAUAGUGUUACACGGAAGGGGAUAAAUCUCUAGUGUCUCUCUUGCUUGAUUGCUCUUAGCGCAGCAAGCGUAUUUUUUUCUUGCCGAUUUGAUGAUCUCGCUGCCUACGCUUCUUUGACUGAAGGAAGUUGGGUGUUGACACGAGCACAGUUCAGUGCACCUGCUUGCGCACUUGAAAUUGCCAUUUAGUUUAUUCAUUCACUACUCAGUGCUCUGUCUGUCUUUCUAAUGUCCUUCAUUUGGUGAUCCCACCUGCCCCACACCCCUUUGAAGAAUGCCUUCAGGGAACUCUUGAGAAUUUUUCUUUUGCCUUCACUUCAGUGGGUGGCAUGUUCCACCUGUGCGGCCUAGGUGUAUGUGAAUGGCUUACAAAAGGAUAAUCGUCACAAGUGUUGGCAUGAGGCUUCUGUAUGUGAAAACUAACUCAGAAUGGCUGUGAAAUGGCAACAUAUAAACCUUAAGAUAAACUUGGAAAUCUACAUGCACCUAGCAGUUUUUGUUGAAUGUCAGCUUUAAUUUUAACAAACAUGAUCUUAACUUUAUUUAUGUAUUAUAAGUUGAAGUAAUAAUUAUCAGCUCAUGUCAGUUCGAGUUUUGCAGUUAGUGGUUACUAAGGUGAAGCUUGGCAAUGUCCUAAAGCCUAAAUGCGAUUUAAAAUGAUUGUUUUGAGGUACAGAAGCUGCUUUGUUAUGGAAUCUUCGAAGCACCUUGCAGUGAAGUUUGAGUGAAUGUACAUAAUGAUGGUAGUCUUGCAAUUUAUUGAACCCAAAUUGUUGCAUAUUUUUGUAAUUUGAACAGUGAAAGACGUGUACAUUUUUUAGAAAGUGCAGGUUGUGUUUUGUUACUUCCUAGUGCAAGUGUUGCUCCUAAUCUAUAUGUAUUGGAGUCAUUACGUCAUGUUUUGUACAGGAUGAGUGAACAUGUUUGCAUAAUAAAUUGAUCUGUCAAGAUGA